UUCCCGGCUGGAUUCAUCCAAAGCGCUCAUUUCAAGUCCUCAGGCUCAUAUACUCAAGUGACUGGCCGUAUCGAUCGUUCCAAAUACGGUCUUAAGGCAUCCGAUGGAGGUGGCCAGAUGGAUAACUUGGAUUUGCCUUCGGGCACAUGCAAUGGCUACAAGCACUUUGUCAACCUGAUUGAACCUGAUGCUCAGCUCUACUGUAUCCGCUGCUGCCAAGACUCAAAGGACUGCAAUCUUGGAAAAUCCCAGUAUGGCUGCGAGUCUGUUGUCCCCGGCGACUAC